CAAAGAGGUUUUGGAAGAACUCAGGAUGUCUGGUUCUACAUCAUCCUAUGAUCAUUUGGUGAAGCAGGUUGAGGCACUUAGAAAAGAGAACUCUCACCUGCGCCGAGAAUUAGAGGACAACUCCUGUCAUCUGUCUAAGUUGGAGACAGAGACCUCGGAUAUGAAGGAAAUGUUAAAGCAGCUUCAGACCAAGCUGGAACAAGAAGCUUGCAACUUAGCAUCCACUGGAAAGGUCGAAUUUCUGGACCAGCUGAAAGAGUUGAACACAGAUGUUGCCAAACUAUGUGACAUAAAGUGGCAGUCAACUAUGGUGUGCUCGGGACAGGAGGAGUUUGUACUGGAGCAGGGAGCUGAGAGAAACCAAAUGCACCCUGGAGUAAUUGUUCGGGAACAAGAUUCUUUGCCAGUGGUAAUUGGAAACGUGGAGCGUCUGGAGGAACUUAAUGAAGAAAGGGCAUUGCUCCUUUCUGAGAUUGAAAAGGAAGAGAAAGAAAAAGCCUUUUAUUGUGCUCAGAUCCAGAAUCUUGGCAGGCGGGCAGAUGAACUCUCACAAAUCAGGAAUGUUUCAAAGCAUAUGGAUUUGAUUCGGCAUCAGCUACAAUAUGAAGCCCAUCAAAUCAAAGCCAUUAUUGAGGAGAGGUAUGGGACAAGUGACAACACGACAGAGCGAGUCCAGAUGCGAAUGAUCCGGAUCCAACAGAUUGAAAAGGAAAUUCUUCAGUUCCAGCAGAAGGCACAUCAGAAAGAGACAGAGGGUUGUGGAAAACCAAAUGAUCAAGGUGCAGAGAGCACAAUGAAUAACUUACCUCAAGGGCUGAACAACUUGGGCAGUAAGGUAGAGAUGGUGUUCUGGCUGCUUUCCAUGUUGGCAACCCGUGACAAGGAUGACAUGUCGAGGACAUUGCUCGCCAUGUCCAGCUCCCAGGACAGCUGCAUCGCCAUGCGCAAGUCUGGCUGCCUCCCUCUGCUCAUUCAGCUCCUGCACGACAGUGAGAGGGACUCGGGACCGAGCAGGAAUGCCAGCAACAGCAAGGAGGCCCGAGCCCGUGCCAGCGCGGCGCUCCACAACAUCAUAUACUCCCAGCCCGACGAAGGGCAGGCCAAAAGAGAAAUGCGCGUCCUGCACGUGCUGGAACAGGUGCGCUUGUACUGUGAGACGUGCUGGGAAUGGUUGGAUACUAACAAACAAGGCAAUGGUCCAGAAUCUAACAACAUGCCACUACCCAUUGAGCCCCAGAUCUGCCAGGCAAUGUGUGCAAUAAUGAAGCUGUCUUUCGAUGAAGAGUACCGGCGUGCCAUGAAUGAACUUGGAGGCUUGCAGGCAGUUGCUGAACUUCUGCAGGUUGAUUGUGACAUGUAUGGGCCUACCAAUGAUCCCCUGAAUUCAGCCCUGCGUCGGUAUGCAGGAAUGGCCCUGACCAACCUCACCUUUGGCGAUGUAGUCAACAAGGCUACACUGUGCUCCAGAAAAGGCUGCAUGCAAAGUAUUGUAGCCCAGUUAGAGUCCGAAAGUGAAGACAUACAUCAGGUUGUGGCUAGUAUUCUGAGAAACCUUUCGUGGAGAGCAGACGUCAACAGCAAGAGGAUUCUACGGGAAGUCAGAAGUGUAAGCGCAUUGAUGCAAUGUGCUCUAAAGGCUAAAAAGGAGUCAACUUUGAAAAGCCUGCUGAGUGCUCUUUGGAACCUGUCAGCUCACAGCACAGAGAACAAGGUGGCCAUUUGUUCUGUUCAAGGGGCAUUGGUUUUCCUUGUAGGUACUCUGACCUACAAGUGUCAGAGCAAUUCGCUUGCCAUCAUUGAGAGUGGAGGAGGUAUUCUGCGAAAUGUUUCCAGUCUCAUUGCAACAAAUGAGGAGUACAGGCAAAUUCUACGUGACUACAACUGUCUGCAGACCUUGCUGCAACAUCUGAAGUCCCACAGUUUGACCAUUGUCAGCAAUGCUUGCGGAACCUUAUGGAAUCUCUCAGCUCGCAGCUCAAAGGACCAAGAGCUACUGUGGGACUUGGGAGCUGUCAGCAUGUUGAGGAACCUGAUCCAUUCCAAACACAAGAUGAUAGCAAUGGGGAGUGCAGCCGCCCUGAGGAAUCUUUUGACCAACCGGCCAGCCAAAUACAAAGAUACCACCAUGGUAUCCCCAGGUUCCUGCAUGCCUUCUUUAUACAUGAGGAAGCAGAAAGCCCUGGAGGCUGAAUUGGAUGCUAAACAUUUAACAGAGACAUUUGAUGGCAUUGAAAAGCUUAGCCCUAAGCAUCCCAAUAUCAACAAACCCCUCAGGCAUAUUGAAAGCCUGGCCAAAGACUAUGCAUCAGACUCUGGAUGUUUUGAUGAUGAUGAAGGUCCCAAUAUAUCAACUGGAUUAGAAACUGGAGGCUUAAGUGUGCUGUCCAUGUACCUGAACUCUUCUUUUCUUCAAGGACAAGGCUUGUCUAGAUGUCGUAGUAGCGGAAGAUGUUCAGAAUCAGAAAGAGACCUGGACGGAAAUCUUCAAAAAUUCAAUCCCGCCACUGAUAAUGUGUCUGUUGCGGCAGAGAGGUUGGUAAACCAAAUAUCCACGACUGUAGCCAGGAUUGACAAAAUAGUGGAAGAUAUGUCUAACAUGCAUACAUCCUCGGAAGACAGUUUCAGUCUUAGCUCUGAAGAUCAAUGCAUUGACUGGCAGUCUGCAUUAGAUGACUUGAAUGAACCCAGGACAAAGUCUUCAUCACCCUGUCAUCCUACUGAAGCUGCUAGUUCAGGCAAACGUGAAAAUCGUAGCAAAGUACUUACGAUCUUGGGUGCAAGAACAGACUACACAAACUUAUCAAGUGAUAGCCUGGAUUGUGUUAUUAGCACUGGUGAAUGUGACACAAAAGGUCACAUUCAUUCAGCUAAGGAUUCCUCGGUUACAGACCAAAAGGACGAGCUUCCUAUGUAUCAGAAAAGGCCAACUAACUUAGACCUAAAGAGUGGGGAGAAUGAUCAGCUAGAUAGAAAGGAUUCUAAUGAACAAUUGAGUUCUAGAGAAUCUAAAACUACAUUGAAUGAAGCCUGGGGGAUAAGAAAAUCAGAUGAAAUAAGUAAAAAACGAUUCACACCUUUUUAUGAAAAGAUCCACGUGACUUCAGUCACAACGGGAAGCAGUCAAAGCCCAAGUCCAGGAAAUUCUCUGACCCCUCAGAGUUUGAAUGGCAGAAAGCAGGCUUGGGUCCAUUCUGGAUAUCCACAGAGCAGUAGAAAUGUGAAUCAAGGCCUCUCUAGCACUUCUGCUUCCACACCAAUGUCCACUGACCAGGAAACUUUGCAAACGUACUGUGUGGAAGACACUCCAAUUUGCUUCUCAAGAUGUAGCUCACUCUCAUCCCUCUCAUCUGCUGAAAAUGUCCUGGAUGUUCAAAUUGGCAGUGAAAAUGAUGUGGAUAGCGACUCUUCUCUGGAAAUCAUUGGUGUAGAAAAAGAAUCACCACAGCCUGUAGAGAAGACAAUAAGUGAUGAGUCCUUUGCCUCAGAAAAAAUGCAGAUCAAGUCUAGUGAUAAUUCAUUCAGCAGUGCAUCUCAACCUAUCGAAAUACCUUGCCCAAAGCAUGAAAAAUUUUUGAUAAGGAAAAAAGCAUCUUCUAGAAAUAUGGAUUCCAGUCCAUCAAGUCCAUCAGAAAAUUACUUGCAAGAAACCCCAUUAGUCUUAAGCAGGUGCAGUUCAGUCAGUUCACUUGGGAGCUUUGAAAGCCCAUCAAUUGUAAGUUCCAUUCAAAGUGACCCUUGCAGUGAAAUGAUAAGUGGUACCAUCAGUCCCAGUGAUUUGCCUGACAGCCCUGGUCAAACCAUGCCCCCUAGUAGAAGUAAAACCCCCUUGCUUGACCAACUAGAAAAAGAUGCUGGUCAAGGCAAUAACCAAUGGGAUGGCGAUAUGAAAAAACACAUGGACAUCAAUGAUUUUAAGGAACGAUUUCACCUUCCUCCAGAUAUUGAUACUAUGCUCUAUUUCACUUUGGAGAAGCCCAAUGAAAACUUCUCAUGUGCUUCAAGUCUAAGUGCGCUCACUCUUCACGAGCCAUAUAUUCAGAAGGAUAUUGAGUUAAAGCUAAUGCCUCUCCUCCAAGAGAAGAGCUGUUUUAAUUGUCGUGCACAAGGAGAAGACAUCAGAGAGGAACGGAACGGAGAUGGAAUGGAAAAAGUUGAUAAGUUGGAUAGUAUCUUGGAAAACUCUGAUGAUGACAUCGAGAUCCUGAAAGAAUGCAUCAAUUCCGCCAUGCCCACUAAAUUUAGAAAAGUGAAAACUUCUGCCUCACCUGGUUUACCUACGCAGUUGCUGCAAUCUAAGAAGUCACUUCAGCUCCCUGUUUACAUGCUACUGCCAGCUCACUCUCAAUUAGAACCGUCUGGGCACAGUACCUCGAAAAAUGACACUUUUAGAGAAGAUUCCUCAUACUCAGAUUCUGUCGAAGGAACUCCAGUUAAUUUUUCCAGUUCAGCCUCACUCAGUGAUGAGACCUUAGAGUAUCCACAAAAGGAAUCACCCAAAUUGACAAAUAUUAAGGCUGAAGUGAUUGAAAGAAGAGAGCUGCUUCCUGCAGAAGGACAAAAUGCUGAUGACUUCGAGGUGCCCAUAGCUAUAAGGAUGCAUGAUAGAAGUUUUGAACAAGGGAAUAAAUACAACUUAAAUGUAAAUAGUCCGGUGCCAGUAGCUCAAUCGCAUUCACUUAAUUUCAACCAAAGGGAGGUUCUGAAAAGGAAUCAGAACUCUCUACCGCCACGGUCAUGUCAAAGCCAGAACGUUCAUGUUUUUCAACCAGGAUUAAUUGUAAAUAGCUCAAGGAAGGACCAAGCUGCACCAAGACACAUGCUGGAGUUGGGUACAAAGAAAAGCGAUUGUAAGGGUUCAGAGGAAGGGCAGCAAAGAAUGGAUGUUUCCUGUGGAGAAUAUAUUCAUGGAAGCUAUGCAUUCCAAUCAAUGCGCCACACUACACCUACUGAAGAAGCUGUGUACUGCUUUUAUGAAAAUGACUCUUUGGAUAUGCUAGGUGUCUCAAAAGAUACAAUGAAGCCGAAAACUGAAGGAAAAAAUGACUAUGAGGAAAAAAUCAUGAACCAAAAUGGAGUAGCGGGGAAUGAACCAAUCCAUGAUCAUAAAUCAAUCUCAAAGUUCAGAACCACCAGUGUGGCUAGUAAAACUGAACGAAAUUUGAUAACAGAUGAAAGCCCUCUCUGCUUUUCCCUCAGUUCUUCAUUAAGUUCGCUGAGCGAUGUGGAGUUGGAGGAUACGCAAGGGAAAACACGGAAAGCAUUUGUAAAAUCAAGGAAAAAGUCUCAGAGCUCUGCUGCUUCAAAAUCUUUUAAUAAUGGAUAUUCGUCCUUGUCAACAAGGAGGGACAGUUCUCCCAGUUCUUUGAGCUAUGAUUCGGAAGAUGAUCUCCUGCAGAAAUGCAUCAGCUCAGCAAUGCCAAAGAAAAGGAGACAUUCUUCAAAGCGAAAGUCUGAGAGGUCGGCAAAGCAAGGCCCAAAAGGUAAUACGCAAAACAACACUGGCAGGAACAUGGCUUAUGAUGUGGAGCACAGGAAUGAUAUAAACCAAGAUGUUUCCAGCUCACUGUCAGAUUUAACGUCUCCUGAUCUGGAAAGUAUUGAAUGGAAAGCUAUUCAAGAAGGUGCCAACUCAAUAGUCACGAGCUUGCAUCAGGCUGCAGCCUGCCUUUCCAGAGAACCGUCCUCUGAAUCUGAUUCAAUUCUAUCAUUUGUGUCAGGGCUGUCCAUUGGAUCAACACUGCAUUUCACCCUUGAGCGGAAAGACAAAAAAAGGCCUCCGAAAGAGCAAACGCGGAAUGUAGAGGGUGCAGAGAUCACUUCUAAAGAAGGAAAGAAACUGAAUGAAAAUAAGACAACUGGAGGUAAACCUUCUAUUGGUGAUAAAGUUUCAAACACACCUAAACCGCCAUCUCGAGCAGUGAGCUUACCUGUGGUCUUUCGAGGAAGGACUGUGAUCUACAUGCCUGAUAUGUGGAAAAAGUCCACGAAUGCUAAUCCUGCUUCAAAGAAAACAGCACCUAAAAUUAACGCUGCUUCCAAAAGUCCUAACCAGACAUUUAGAUCCAGGAGUUUGCACAGGCCUGGAGAAGCAACGGAAAAGGCUGACAGUACUUUACCAAAAAGAAGUGUGACUCCACCAGCAAGAAUAGCAAGAGGCCCUUCAAGGGGGUCUUCAAGGAACUCAACACCAUCUAGACAGCCCCAGAAGAAUGUAACAGCAGCUCUACAAUCUACUAGGCAAGGAACGCCUCAUGCAACAAAAACCAAUAUCAACAAGCUUGAUCAGAAAUCAAGACCUCUUGUGAGUUCUACGCCUUCUACUCCAAGUAUCAAAUCUCCAGUUUCAGGGAAACUGUCUCGCAAAUCUCCAGUUCAACCACCAAAUAUUCAGACACCAACUAAGCAGGUAACCCCAGCAAAGAAAGCACCCUCUUUUCAAAGGAAUGAGCCUCUUGGACCAAAUAAGAGCCAAGGUUCUAAGAAGGUUAUGCCACCAAACAGGCUGGACCUGGUGAGAAUCUCAUCAGCUAAAUCGAGCGGCAGUGAAUCUGAUAAGUCCAGCUUUGUGCGGCAGCUGACAUUCAUCAAAGAGUCCUCAAGCCUUCUGAUGAGGCAGAAGUCUGAAGCGUCUUCAUCCGAGUCAGUCUCGUCACUAUCUCAGUCUGUGUCACCAAGAAGAAGCAAGUCAGAUUUUCAGAAGGCUUUCAUACGUUCUGCACAAUGCCAAGAGCUAAGAGUCGCUAAACCAGCAACUAACUUGAAUAUAAAUCAACGGAAAGCCACGAGCAAUGAGGAAGGACUCCGAAGUGAGAAACUGUUGAGAAGGCCAAGCUCGGAAAGCCCCUCAAGGCUCCCCGUGAAAAACAGUGCCAUCUGGAAACAUGAUAAUUUUAAACGCUAUUCAUCUUCCCCUCACAUAAAUGUAUUACAGAGGGCAGGGAGUCCAUCUUCCAUUCGUUCAGCCUCAUCAGAAUCUAGUGACAAGACCAAAAGUGAAGAACAGCCUCGAAGUAAUCAACAGUUUGCAAACCAAAAAGAACAACAAAUGAAAAAGAUUCAGCCAAGCUUAAAAGGGACAUGGAGAAGAAUCAAAGAUGAAGACAUACCAUAUUUUCUCAGCAACUCUCUUCCUCCUUCAGCAAUGGCAUUGGUAAAUAAAUCAGAGUCUGAACAACAGUUAAACAAAGUGGGCACUGUGGAAACCAAGACCAGUGAUGCUUUUGUGCAAACUGAAGACUUCCCUGUUACAAAAACAAAUUCAAGCACAUCGCCAACAUUGGACCUAAUCCCUCAUGUUGCGCAGGCUAUUCCCAGGAAAACCACAAGUAGAUCAUUUAUAGGGAAAAAUACAGAGAUCACGCAUGGUGUCUAUUCAGACAAUGAACAGGAAUUUGACACAGUAAUGCUGAUGAGGAACAAUAUGACCACUUCAGCUGAGACUGAAAACUAUACUAAUGUCCCAGGACACAUGCAUUUCAAUUCAAGUAGACAUAGUUCUCCAAGCAGAGCUGCUCGAGUGACCCCUUUUAACUACAUACCUAACCCCAAGACAAUAAGAUCAGACAGUGGAUCUCUCCAACCACCUCAGAUACGAGCACCUAUUAUUAGUGAAAAAACAGUGGGGAAAGUGCAAAGCUGAAAGCCAAAUUGAUCAGUAGACUACUUGAGCUUAAGUACUUUGUUGCUUUGCAGUUUUCACUCAAGAGUGACACAACCCAUGAAAGAUGUGCUCAUUCAUAAAUGUGUCUCAAGCACAGCCUUAACUGGGGUACAAAAUGCAUGCAUCAACUAAUUUAGUUCUACCACUAUCCAUGAUUAUGAGACCUUCAUUUAA